AUGAGCGUGUCUGCUCUGAACUGCCACUCCGACUGCAUCUGUGCCAGCAAUAUCGUCAGCUGCUCUAAAAGGGAACUGGUUAAUAUCCCUAACUCUCUCCCGGAAUAUACAGCAGUCCUGGACCUCAGCUACAACAGCCUGACUCGCUUGAGAGCUGAGUGGACCAAAGUUCGUUUGUUGAGACUCCACACUCUGCUCCUCAGCCACAAUGGCUUGUUCUUCACAUCUGAAGAAGCUUUCACUGAGGUACCACAUUUGAAAUACCUUGACCUGUCCUCCAACAAACUCAAAGUUUUGGAAGAGUUACACUUCAAUGGGCUGGAAGAGCUGGAGGUGCUGCUGUUGUACAACAACCAGAUCUCUCAGAUCGACAGGACCGCCUUUGAAGGCUUGGACAGGCUGAAGAAGUUGUACCUGAGUCAGAAUCUGAUCACCCGCUUUCCACAGGAGUUGGUGAUGGAAAAUACCAGGCUGUCUGAACUGGAACUUUUGGAUGUGUCAAAUAACAAGAUAAAGUCUCUGCCUGUUCAGGAACUCAACAAUCUACCUGCCUACCUCAAAAACAGUCUUUACAUACACAACAACCCCCUGAUCUGUCAUUGUAGCCUUUACCUCAUGGUCACCCAAUGGCACGCUCGGCAGUUCAAUUCUGCAGUGGACUUCAGGAAUGAGUUUAAAUGUAUCCUUCCCUUAAACCACAAGGUGUCCAUCAAGCUCUUUGAGCUGCAAGAAGACUACAUGAACUGCAGCACCAUUGUUGAUUCAGAGGUGGAGGCCUUCCUAGAAGGGACCUUGACCUUUCACUGCGACACCAGAUUAAGGAACAUGACGAAAGUGUGGGUGACCCCAGACAACGAGACCAUACAGGCUGGCCACAGCAACCAAAGUCUCAGGAUGUUUCCCAAUGGCAGUCUGUGGCUCGGUAAUCUGAGACUGGAAGAUUCAGGGACUUACACUUGCCUGGCCACCAGCAGCCAAUUCAAUGAGACGAUCCACGUGCAACUGAGGGUGCACAAUUCCACAGUGAGUCCCACAAACGAAUCACUGAACACAGCCUACACCACACUGGUUGGGUGCGUUGCCAGCGUGAUUUUGGUUCUCAUUUAUUUGUACCUCACACCGUGUCACUGUCGGUGCAGCAGCAAAGCAGAUAAGAAGAGCCAGCAGGACGAAAGCAUUCACUCAUCCAUGCUAAGUGCCACCUCCACCCAUGACAUCUCCAGAGACAAAGCAGCCAUGGAUCGGCGAGUGGCCUUCAUAGAGCCAACUAAGGACAUGCAAGGGCAGAAUGGGAAACUCAAGCCCAAUGCUGUGGAAGAAUUUGAGGAUAAGAGACUCUUAACAGUGCCCAGAAAGAAAUCUGACUGCGGCUCUGUGGGUUCAGUGUCCUCGGACUCUCCCAUUGUCGUUUAA